UGUGGGGAGAGACUGCCCCUGGAGUAUUUUGCUUUUAAUAAGCUUCCCAAUCAGCUCUCCAACAGCGCUCUCCCCCUAGCCCAGCCCAGCACAGCCCUGCACAGCCCAGCCCGCGUCCUCUCUGCCGGCCCUCUUCUCCCUCCCAUUCUCCAUUUCCUUUCCGCUCACUCCCUGUCAGGGCGUAUUUGAGUCAAAGGCAGGAUCAGGUUCCCCGCCUUCCAGUCCAAAAAUCCCGCCAAGGGAAUCCCAGAGCCUAGGAAGAUCCAAAGUGGGGAGAGGGAGAAAAAGAGACCAGUGUGAGUCAUUAAUCCAGAAGCAAGUGAGAGCAGCAGCCGCGGCGGCAGCAGCAGCUGUACCUGGACUCCGGGAGCAGAAAACCUCGCCCUUUCCAACAAAGGCAGCCUGAGCGCGGGAGAGGACAUUUGCAACUCAAAGUGGCAGCAGUGCUUCUGGCCUACAGACCUCAUUUUCAGCAGCCAGCUACUAUACUUUAAUUCAACAAACCUGAGUGAGCAGCAUGCAGUCCCAACAGCACCAGGAACAGCGUCGAAAAUUUGCAGCUGCUUUACUGGCAUUCAUUUUCAUUUUGGCAGCUGUGGACACUGCUGAAGCAGGAAAGAAAGAGAAACCAGAAAAAAAAGUGAAGAAAUCUGACUGUGGGGAAUGGCAGUGGAGUGUGUGCGUGCCCACCAGUGGGGACUGUGGGCUGGGCACCCGGGAGGGUACCCGGACUGGAUCUGAGUGCAAACAAACCAUGAAGACCCAGAGAUGUAAGAUCCCCUGCAAUUGGAAGAAGCAAUUUGGAGCGGAGUGCAAAUACCAGUUCCAGGCCUGGGGAGAAUGUGACCUGAAUACUGCUUUGAAGACCAGAACCGGAAGUCUGAAGCGAGCCCUGCACAACGCUGACUGCCAGAAGACGGUCACCAUCUCCAAGCCCUGUGGGAAACUGACCAAGCCCAAACCUCCAGCAGAAUCUAAGAAGAAGAAAAAGGAAGGCAAGAAGCAAGAGAAGAUGCUGGACUGAAAGAGGCCACCUUCUGUGGAACGGGAAAAGGACAUCAGCAAACAGGAUCAAUUAACUAUUGCAUUUAUACCUUCUGUAGGCUUUUUAUUCAAAAAUUAUCUAUAGCGUAAGUACACAAUAGGCAGAAUCACAAGAAAAGAACAUUUUUGUAGUAGCAUUUUAUACAUGUAUACCAUAGUACCAUUAGGGGCUUAUAAUAAAGGACUAUAAUCCUAUUUAGAAAGUUGACUUAUAGUACGUGAUAAAUGAUAGAAAAUUGAGGUAAGUUUUUUUGAAGUUAUGUGAUAUUUUACAUUUAAAAUCUUAUUUUAUUUUACUUUUUUUUUUGUUUGGCAGCAAUUUAAAUGUUAUGUCCAUGUAAACCACUUCUCUUGUUAGGUAAUUUUUUCAUUCAGACUAUUUUCCCAAUUGAAAAAAUAUAUAUACUAAACAAAGCAGCAAUAAAAUAUAAUCAUCUUAUUUGAGGAAAAUAUCUUCUUUUCUGCCAGUGGAUUUUUAAAAGAAGUUUUAGUCAGCAAAAUGUGAGGGGUGGGGGAGCAUGCCUUUGUUCAGUGUUGACUUUUAAAGUAAAGCAUUGAAACAUGAAAUUC